AUGUCCUCUGUGUAAAGUAUGCUUCAGUAGUGAUCGUUUUAUGUCAAACCAUCUAAAGUAUCGUCAUGGUACUAAACUGGAAUGGAUGCUAAAUCAUGAAUUGAGGAGAGAUAAGUCUAGAUUACAUCAUACUAUUUCACAUAGAAAAGAGGAAAAUAUUACAGAAACAUUAAUAUCUUCUAAAGAACCUGACACAUUGUUAAAAGUAGAACUCCCACAUCUCACAGGAGAUCCAUUGUACUGUUGUAAUAAAUGUAGUAAAGGCUGUUCAUCUAGGCAAGACUUAGAGAUACAUAUGAAAUGUCACACAAAAACUUUUAUAUGUAAAUUGUGUUCACAACAGUGCAGUAGUGAUAUAAAACUAGAUAUACACAUGAGAAUACACACUGGUGAUAAACCUUAUAAAUGUGAUGUAUGUGGUAAAUGGUUUAGUCAGAGUAGUAGCUUACAGGGACACAUGAUAACACAUACUGGAGAUAAACCUUAUAAAUGUGAUGUAUGUGGUAAAGGGUUUAGUCUGAGUUGUAUCUUACAGAUACACAUGAGAACACACACUGGAGAUAAACCUUAUAAAUGUGAUGUAUGUGGUAAAGGGUUUAGUCUGAGUCAUCACUUACAGGGACACAUGAGAACACACACUGGAGAUAAACCUUAUAAAUGUGAUGUAUGUGGUAAAGUAUUUAAUCGGAGUCAACACUUACAGCAACACAUGAGAACACACACUGGAGAUAAACCUUAUAAAUGUGAUGUAUGUGGUAAAGGGUUUACUCAAAGUAGUAACUUACAGACACACAUGAAAACACACACUGGAGAUAAACCUUAUAAAUGUGAUGUAUGUGGUAAAGUAUUUAAUCGGAGUCAACACUUACAGCAACACAUGAGAACACACACUGGAGAUAAACCUUAUAAAUGUGAUGUAUGUGGUAAAGGGUUUACUCAAAGUAGUAACUUACAGACACACAUGAAAACACACACUGGAGAUAAACCUUAUAAAUGUGAUGUAUGUGGUAAAGGGUUUACUCAAAGUAGUAACUUACAGAAACACAUGAAAACACACACUGGAGAUAAACCUUAUAAAUGUGAUGUAUGUGGUAAAGUAUUUAAUCGGAGUCAACACUUACAGCAACACAUGAGAACACACACUGGAGAUAAACCUUAUAAAUGUGAUGUAUGUGGUAAAGGGUUUACUCAAAGUAGUAACUUACAGACACACAUGAAAACACACACUGGAGAUAAACCUUAUAAAUGUGAUGUAUGUGGUAAAGGGUUUAGUCAUGGUAAUAGCUUACAGGGACACAUGAGAACACACACUGGUGAUAAAAUUUAUGAAUAUACUGUAUAAUGUAAAGGGUUUUGUUGUAAGUCAAGCCUGUACAUGUACACAUGUAAAAUCACUCUGCAGAUUAACCUUGUAGAAAUGUGAUAUGCUGUUGGCAAUAAUUGAUGCAUUUUAUAUUUUUAUAUAUUUAU